AUGGAUGCUCUUCCAACACCCAAAAUACCCAGAAACCCCUCUGUCACAGAGAAGGAUGAUGGCAUGAGGGUGCUCGUAUCUGAACCUCCAGACAAUGUUCUUAAUAUCGCUUACAUUGUGCUGCCAACCAUACCACUUCUGCUGCUGUUGAUUGUUGCGACGGGAGUUUUCUGCUUUAAGCUGUUCACAAAGAGGAAGAAACAACAGACUGAGACCCCUCCAAAGGAACCAGGAUACUGGGCCCCUGGAGAAAGAUGCAACAGCCCUAGCCCUGACGUCUAUAACGUCAUCCGAAGGCAGCAUGAAUCAGACCUGGCCGGCACGCGGCCUGACAUCAAGAACACUUCCUUCCUGGGUUCAUCUCCAGACACUCCACCUGGAGAUUACGACAACCUGGCAGGCAGAGACACUGAAAGUGGUUUUGUGACACUGGCCAGCACUGAGAGCGGCUUUGUGACCAACGAUUUGUAUGACACCCUGCAGGGCCGUGGAAGCGGGAGAUAUUACAGAGACCAGGGAUGGAUGGAUGAAUUAUAUGGCUACUGAUAUGAAAGAUGAACAUUAGCAUUUAACUGCGUAUUCUCCUCUAAAAUGAUAAUAGCUGUUGAUGUCUUUCCCGAGUAUUUCAAAAGAAGGCCUGGAUAUGUGUGGACUCCAGCAUUUUGAAUUCUCCCAA